AUGUCGCGACUUCGAGAUAGUGGCGUUCCGCUCUGGGUGCUCGAGCACGAACGGAGACAAAGGGAUAUGUCUACCCUUCUGGCUUCUCUCAAAGAUAGCCCCAAGGGCAACACGAUCACAUACGAUAUGGAAAAUCGCAUCGAACUAAACUAUCUGGACUUCGAAACUGGUCUCACACAUCCAUCCGUGACUCCAUACUUCGGACGACGGGAUCAUCUGGGCCUACUCGGAAAGCCCACCUUGAUGAAGACACGAAGUCGAUUCCUCCACGCUGAGAAAGGUCUCAAGCCUGACGCAGACCUCAAAUUGUAUCAAGCUCUUGCUCACGAAAUCGACAUCCAAGUCGGGCGUCACUACCGGGAACUGGAGUUCGAAAAGGCAGUUCCAUACGAAUGGGAGGAUAUCCUCAACACACAGGUUCAAUGCAGAAUCCGCCGGGCCGUGGAAGUCGUCGAAGAACGACGAAACCACCGAAUGGCACUCCUGCAGAUGAGCGCGCACGCUGACCCCGACAAACCCACCGCCACCGAGCUACAAGUACUACUACGACUCAUGAAAGAUGGCGACUGGGAAAGAAGAGUCAGGUGGCAACUGGACAACAAAGUCACCAUGCACAAGAAAACGCACCACGUCGUCCCAGUAAGCCCUUUGCCUGCAGGCCACACAUUCACCCUUCUAACACUAUCCCAGGUACUGCUCGUCACCACAUUCCUCGGUGGCCAAGUCCGCGUUGUUUGGGGGUACUUUGAUCAAAAGCUCAAGGUUCAAUACACCGAGCUUCGACAAUUCACAUCUUCCAACCUUGGGAAAAGUCUGGAUGACUUGAUGAUGUGGGCCUUGCCGGUAGUACCAGAAUACACCACGCACUUUUUGCCGAUGCCCAGCAUCGCAGAAACAGACGAGGUGGCUGAUUCAAUGGAUAGUGACGACGAGCCAGCGGUCAAAAUACCACUGAUCGAGAUACCGCUGGUUGCGGAGUCACUCGUGGAAGAACAAAAUCAAAUCUCCUGCCCGUCUCGUGAAAGAAAAACCUGCAAGAAAAGACGGAAAAAUCAACAGAAAGGGGACAAAAAAAGACGGCGAUGA